GGGCGGGUGGGAUCCGGCACCAGAUCCUUCCUUCCUGCGGCCUCUUCCUCCGUGGACACGGGGGACCUGCAGGCGAGGAUGGGGAAGCGGGUGGCCGUGGUCUUGGCUGGCUGCGGCGUCUUCGACGGCAGCGAGAUCCACGAGGCGUCCGCCGUCCUGGUGCACCUGAGCCGGGCUGGAGCGGAGGUAAAGAUAUUUGCACCAAAUAUUGAGCAGAUGCACGUUGUUGAUCAUUUGCAGGGUAGUCCAAGUGAAGAAAAGAGAAACGUUUUAGUUGAAAGUGCUAGACUUGCGAGAGGGAACAUCCAGGAUUUGGCUGAGCUGAAAGUCGGUGAAUUUGAUGCAAUAAUUUUUCCAGGGGGCUUUGGCGUAGCGAAGAACUUGUGUUCCUGGGCAGUGGAAGGAAAGAACUGCACUGUCAACAGCCUUGUGAAGUCCACCCUCGAGGCUUUCCAUAGCGCAAAGAAACCCAUUGGCUUGUGUUGCAUCUCUCCUGUGCUGGCAGCGAAAGUCUUCCCAGGCUGUGAAGUCACCGUCGGCCACAACAGAAAUGUAGACGGAAGGUUUCCUGAUGCUGAAACAGCUGCGGCUAUCGAAGAACUUGGCUGCAAGCACAUUUGCAAAGACGUAAACGAGGCCCACGUGGAUUCUGCAAACAAAAUAGUCACCACUUGCGCGUUCAUGUGCAAAGCCCCUUUGCAUCAAAUUUUCGAUGGGGUCGGAACAAUGGUUACCGAAGUAUUGAAACUGGCAUGAAGGGAAAGCCGGGCUUGGCGGCAGCUGGUAAAUGCGUUAACAAAUGACACUUUGGUUAAAUAUGGUAGAAUUAAUAAAAAUAAUUAAGCCACCGA